AUGUGGUCCCACACCAGUAUUAUAACUUUGUUAUUAAAUGGUGUCCAGUCAUAUGAUAACUAUUUGAUGUCUCAAUCCUUUUUGGAUGCUACCACAGGUUGCAGUGGUUCAGUGUUAUCUACCAGUUUCUACAAGACCAACGUUUGUUUCAAUUCGCAAUUUGUAACAUGUAGCACUGCAGAUGGUGUUGCAACACUAACUGGUUACACAAAUCCCGAUUGCACUGGUAGAAUCACAACGCUCGAGAAGUAUCAGUUGCAAUGUGACGAAGCAAGUGGUUACCAAUUUAGCUGCCAAAAUGAAGUUUACCCAAUCCACAACACUGUUGGAGCCUACAAUUACUACGAUACCAACGACUGCGAUACAGAACCAUUUUUCGCUCAAAUGUCAAUCACCAACACAUGUCAAUAUGGUGCAAUAAUUCAAUGUACAAAUUCAACAAUGACAACAACCUCUUUCCAACAAUUGGAUUGCACCUUUGAAAUUUCAAAAUCCACCGUCAAUUUGAAUACUAAUUGUAUCAAGAAUGCAAAUUUCCAAUCAUCUAAAAAUGUUUGUUUCUAA